CCUGUCACUGAUAACCUUGAAUUUACUAAGUGUUGGUUGUUGCGAGACGGUCAGCAACCCAAGGUUUAGAUCCUUAUGGAGAGUUUUAAGAGCUUGGCCAUGAAAGGUUCUUUGGUUAUAGAAAAAAAAAAAAAUAAAAAUUUAUCUCAUCAUCCUAGACUGUGCAAACCCCAUAUGAUGGUGCAUGUUUUCCUACAUUUUUUUUCAUCCUCUCUUUGAUAGUACUACCUGCAUGUGGGUGGUUCAGUUUUUCACUGGAGGAAUGGAACCCAACCCUACUUUGAACACAGCUAUGUUUCCUUGUUACUUUCUAAUGGUUGCUUCUUAAGGUGCCCAGGAUGAAUUUUCAAUCUGCUGAUCUUGGGCUUUUUGUGUGUGAUAACCCUCUUCGUUUUCAGCUGUUAGAACUCCAUGGGCUGGGAUAGGAUACAUCAAGUCUCCACAGGUUCAUGACCCAAUUAUUGUUACAGAUGCUUCCACUCACCGGUCGGGGGCGUUGGGGCAUGUUUUGUUUUAAAACCUAAAUAUUUUGAUAACUCUUCUUAAGAGGAUGCUAAAUAUUUCCAUUUUUGCAUUUUAAAAUUUGAUAACUCUUCUAACACAGGAAAAAUAUUGAUGGAACAACUCCCUCUACGAAGAAGUAUUCUACCAAUUAUAUCCGAGCAUGUAAUUUAAUUUACGUACAUUUUAUAGGGUUAAUCAGAUUUUGAUCGGGCCCUCUAUCUCUCCUCAGUUAACUUUCUUAUCACGAUGAGGUGUUCAUUUGAGAGGCUCUCAUAUGAUAACCAGAGUUACCUAAUGUGAAGUGUUUAAUCAUUUUGAGCGACUUUCAUCAAACAAUGAAGUCUUUCAUAUUCAUAUGAUGAUAGCAAUUCAUAUUUCGAAAAGCAAUGUAUGUGGACUUCAUUUUUUGUCACUUAAAAAUCUUUUUGGAUCUUUGACUUGAUUGAGAAAUGGUGCUUCUAUUUUUCUAAUUUUUCAUUAUAUUGGUAUAUUCAAGAAUUGAAUUUUAAAACCAUUUAUUGAUUACUUGUAAGUUAGAAUUAAUUUAAGAUUUGAUGCAGACAUGGAAGAUUUGUAAUUUGACAUUGAAUCAGUAAGUCAUGAAAUUAUGGUAUACUGAAAAUGAAAUCAGAUGUUGCAAUCUGGCAUAACUCCACUACAAGAAAGUCAAGUCAAGUCAAGUCAUAGUUGUGUAGGUUUUAUAGGGUGACUACGUUGCUGCCCUGAAUGAUUCUCACCGUGGGCUUUGGGCUUUGCUUCCCUUGACUGUCCCGGCCGUGUCUUUGGACGUCUUCUCCACCCACUACCCACCACCCACCGGAUCCUAUCCACAUUCAAUUCCUUUUUGUUCAAAUAAAAUAUAUGUCCAAACCAAGUUUGAAAAGUCUCCACAGCGACCUUUCUAGACUGUUUUUGUUUGCCACGAUUCAUGCCAUUAACCAAAGCCAGACAGCUAGCGUUGCUUGACCUCGCCUUGCUUGACCUUAAGUCUCCAUCCACCCAGCACAACCUGUAAAAACAGCUGCCCUUCCACUUCUGCUUCCAUGCCCAUCUCCUUCUCUUAUAGCUGCUAAACUCUAUCAUGGCUUCCUCUAUUUCCUACUUUCUCUUCUUUUCCUCCCUACUCUUCAUUUCAUCCUCUAAUGCCCAGUCAUCGUUCAGGCCUCAUGCCCUUGUUAUUCCCGUCUCAAAAGAUAGCUCUACUCUCCAAUAUGUGACCAGUAUCAACCAAAGGACCCCCCUUGUGCCUCUCCAACUUGUGGUUGAUCUUGGGGGCCAGUUCUUGUGGGUUGAUUGUGAGCAAAAUUACGUGUCUUCCUCAUACCGCCCGGCGCGGUGCAGGUCAGCCCAAUGCUCACUAGCCAGGGGCAGUGGCUGUGGGAAUUGCUUCUCAGCCCCUAAGCCAGGGUGCAACAACAACACAUGCAGCGUCCAGCCGGAUAACACGGUGACCCGCACUGCCUCCAGCGAUGAGCUUGCUGAAGAUGCUGUAUCAGUCCAAUCCACUGAUGGGUCGAACCCAGGUAGAUCAGUCUCUGUGUCCAAGUUCCUCUUCUCCUGUGCUCCAACCUCCCUCCUGGAAGGCCUUGCUAGUGGGGCAAAGGGCAUGGCCGGACUAGGCCGGACGCGUAUUGCACUUCCUUCACAGUUCGCUUCUGCCUUCAGCUUCCAUAGAAAAUUUGCCAUAUGUCUGUCUUCUUCAACCACAGCUGAUGGCGUCAUACUCUUGGGUGAUGGCUCUUAUGGGCUGCUCCCUAAUGUGGACGCCUCUCAGCUACUCAUCUACACCCCACUGAUUCUCAAUCCUGUGAGCACAGCUUCCGCUCACUCUCAAGGCGAGCCUUCUGCAGAAUAUUUCAUUGGAGUAAAGUCCAUUCAGAUCAAUGAAAAGGCUGUUCCAUUGAACACAUCCCUGCUGUCCAUUAACAGUAAAGGCGUUGGAGGGACAAAGAUCAGCACAGUCAACCCCUACACUGUCAUGGAGACUUCCAUAUACAGUGCCUUCACUAAGGCCUUCAUCAGCGCGGCCGCCUCCAUGAACAUCACUAGAGUGGCAGCAGUAGCACCAUUCAGCGUCUGCUUCAGCUCAAAGAAUGUGUAUAGCACACGGGGCGGGGCAGCUGUUCCUACCAUCGGUCUUGUUCUGCAAAACAACAGCGUGGUCUGGAGAAUUUUUGGAGCGAAUUCAAUGGUGUUUGUCAAUGGUGAUGUGCUGUGCCUUGGAUUUGUUGAUGGAGGAGCAAACCCCAGAACUUCAAUUGUUAUUGGAGGGUACCAGUUGGAGGACAACCUUCUCCAGUUUGAUCUGGCUGCAUCAAGGCUUGGGUUCAGCUCCUCUCUCCUCUUCAGCCAAACCACAUGCUCCAACUUCAACUUCACAUCCAAUUAAACCCUUCAGAGGAUCUUCACCUAGGUUUAACAGUAUGAAUAAGGAAGGAGCCAUGAGGCCUUGAAACCAUCACUUUGUUUUGGAAUGUGGUAAUCCUAUUUGAGAAGAAAUGUUCCCAACAGAAGAUGUCAAUGGAAAGUGAAGUUUUGGGAAAGAGAUGGGUGUUUAAUUUACUCCAUAGUUUUGUUUAAUGAACUUUGAAAGUUGUUAAGUCAAUCAUAAGUCUAAAAAAAUUAUUAAUUU